UUCCGGUCCAUUGAAAGAGGGAAAAUAAUGAAUGGCGAACUGAAGGUGAAAUUUUUUUAAACUAAUAUUCAGUCUCCUAACUCCUUAAUAAGAACGAAUAACAACUGUAAACGAUAACAACUUCUACGGAAGAAAUAUAUGAACAAAUUCGUAUAAAAUGUCUGUUGUUUUUGCUAGAGGAGGAAAUCGAGCUCCUCCUACACCAGCUCAAAUACAAAAAAUACUAGAUGAAAAUGGCCACUUGAUUCAAGCCAUUCAAGAAUUUCAAUCUAAAGGGAAAGCUCAAGAAGUAAUGCAGUACCAGCAAACUUUACAUAGGAAUCUUAUAUAUCUUGCCACAAUUGCAGAUUCUGGGCAGAAUGUACCGCAGCUUUUACCUAUGCUGCAACAAAAUCCUGCACAAGGCCCUCCUGUGGGUCAUGGCCAACCACCUACAAAUCCAGAAGCUCAGCAUAUGAAUAAUUUCAAUCAGCAGCAACCACAAUAUAGACAACCAUUAGGGCCUCAAAGACCAGUUGCAGCUCCACCACAUCCUUAUGGGCAAAGGGGAUAUCAACAAAAUCAAUAUCCUGGACAAUACCCUCAACAGCAAGGUGCUCCUUAUCCACAAGGUCAUCCACAGACACAGUAUCCACCUCAAAAUCAGCCACCAACUUAUCCUCCUAAUACUCAAGGUACUUAUGGACCUCCUACCACAUCUCAUAAUAAUUAUCCCCCUCAUCAAGGAUAUGGUGGGGCUCCUCCUAGCAGUGGACCACCCCAACCUCCAGCAGGUCCGUAUGCUCCACCAUCGGGGCCCCCGCAACCUCCAUAUGGAGGUCCCCCAAAUGGAGCUCCUUAUCCUAACUCUAAUGCGCCUCCUCAAGGUUAUGCUCCACCUCCACAAGGCUAUGUUCCUCAACAAGGUUAUCCCCCACCAUCAUCAAACCAGACUCAUCCUUCUGCACCUCAACAAAACCCAGCUUCAUAUGCCAAUCAGCCUAAUGCAGCUCCUCAAAAUUACCCAUCUCAAAAUGCUCAGACUCCCCCCUUCUCCGGACCUCCAACCAAUACUCAAAAUCCAACUGUUACUUCAACUUCAUCUGCUCCACCAUCCCAACCCUACGUAACAUCCCCAUAUCCUCCCAAUUCACAAUCCAGUAACCCCAAUGCGCCAUAUAAUGCGAGCGGGCCGCCAGGGCAGGUAUACCCACCUGCUGGGCCACCAAAUAGCUAUGGUUAUGGUCCUCAACAAGGUUAUGCACCUCAACAGUAUGGAGGUCAGCCACAAGGCUAUCAAUAUGCAGCUAGACCUCCAACCCAACAAGGCCCACCUCCCCCUCAAGGGCAAUAUGGAUACAAUUAUCCAACUCAACCGAAUCCGCAGUAAUGUAUUUAUCUCAGUUACAUUUUAGUUUUGUUCUUCAUGUUAUUUGUUUACAUGAGUUAGGUCUCCAGUUUUUUUUUUAAGUUGUACAGUCCCUGGCCAUAUUAUUAGACGCA